GUAGAGAAGUGUUCGGGGCGAUUUGCGAUGACGGACAGGGCUUCAAAGGGCCCCGGAGGGCCAGAGAGGUGGAUGUAAUACUGGGCUGUGAAGUCUCGAUUAAAUUAGCAGCCCCUGCUACAAUGUAAGAGUCACAUAAGAAGGCGGUUAAUGUGAUGUCUCAUGGCGACAAUGUCCCAAGCACGGUCCUUCUUCACCGCCGUUACAUUGCUGGCGGUGCAGCUUUGCACGGGUAAACUCGGACUACUGUGUGGAUCCACACUUGGAGCAUCUCUGGUGGCAUGUGAGAAAUCCUGUUCCAUCUGGUCCAGUUCCGGACCUGUGGUGCAGCGAGGCUCCAGUUUUCAGGUGUACUGCACCUUUAACUGCAAGUGCAAGGGAUCCAUGUACAGUGACCAUCCACCCACACUACAGAACCACAUAGAACUGAAUUCUACAACCAUAUAUUUUAAUGUGGUGAACAUAACAAAGAACAGAACAUACAGCUGUCAGUGUAACUGUCCUCCUAAACUGGACCCCUGUGGACUGGACAUCUCAGCUGGGUACCUACCAGAUCGCCCUAAAAACAUUACAUGCAUCUACGAGGUCAUAAAUAAUAAAAGUGGAGUUGUGUUCUGCACGUGGAACAGAGGACGGGAUACUUAUUUUAGAAAUAGUUCAGAGCUGUGGGUGAGAACUGUGUCAGGAAAUCACACAAGUGGACCACAGGCGCACAAAGUCUCCAGUAAGGCAACUGAUUUACUGUCAGUUAAUUUCACUGUGUCCCGAUCUGUCCACCUCAUCUCUGUGUGGGUACACGCCCAAAAUCCACUGGGCUCUGCAGUGUCCUCCGCCAUCAACUACGCUCUCAGUGACAUUGCGAUGCCAUCCCCUCCUGUUCUUUGCCAACCCACGUGCUCUUCCCGGGAGUGCAUCAUUAAAGUGAAUCAGUCUGUGAGGACUCAACACCUGGAGAUCCAAUACAAAGUAGCAGAACAGACAUGGACAUCUUAUCCAGACCAAGGCUUGCAGAUGAGUACAAUUCAGGACUGGUCCAUCUCCUCUCUGAAGCCCUACAGGUUGUACCAUUUCAGAGCCCGAUCCAAAUUUAGCACCGGCUUGUGGAGUCACUGGAGCACAAACAUUUCUAGCUGGACUCAGGAGGAGGCUCCUGCAGAAGAGUUGGAUGUGUGGUACGCUGAACCUGCAUCUCACUUAAAAUCCAUGAGAAUUUACUGGAAGGAGGCGAACAAUUCCAUCUCUAGAGGGAAGAUCAUAGAUUACAAAGUCAGAGUUUACAGCUCAGACUCUGGAUUGGACUUUGUCAUUAACUUAACUCGCGAUGCCAGGAAUCAUUCAGUCCCGAUCUGUGCUAACUGUGAAGUGAUAUUAUGGGCUCGCAACUCCAAAGGGCUUUCCCCACCUGCUAGAAUUAUAGCACGUCAUACAAAAGCCAAGUUCUCUCAGGAUGUGCAAGCAACGGCAGGCAACCACAGUGUCACCAUCUCCUGGAGGAAGCCUGAAACUGCACCGUUACCUACAGCGUAUGUGGUGGAGUGGUACCCAGAGGGUCACAAGCUGGAGGAGCUCAGAUGGGUCAAACUGGGCAGGAAUGACAGCCAAGCAGUCAUUACAGAUAUUAAGCCAUUCGAGUGCUACGAGGGAGCAGUGUAUGCUUUCUAUAAUGAGAGCUCAGUGAGCAGGACCAUGUUUGCAGGUGUCACCAGUUUGGAGUUCGUUGCAGCCCCAACAGCUGGUCCACUGGUCCAAGAGAAGGUUGAGGGACACACGGUGACAGUGACCUGGACAGAGCUUCCCAGGAGCCAGCGGGGUGGUUGUAUCACCAAGUAUACCAUCUACAUAGAGAAUGACAGCGGAUACCAGCAGACUUACUCAGUGGCGGCAUCAGAGAGGAUGUAUAUGAUCAAAGGCGUGUCUCCAGCGGUCUACAGCCUGUGGAUGACUGCCUCGACUGCUAAAGGAGAGGGCCUUGCGGGUCAAAAACUCAAGUUCUUCAUCCAGCAGGAAGAUCCACUAUCCCCUAUAAUAGUGUGUGGUGUCGGCUUCCUGAUUGUGCCAGUUCUGCUGUGUCUGUACCAGAGUUCAGCAGUAAAACGGAAGUUCUGGGUGCUUUUCCACUGCCUCAAGCUUGAUAAAGUGCCAGAUCCUCAAAACAGCAAAUGGGCAAAAGAGUGUACCCAGGAGAAGGGCAAGAUGAACCUACAGCUGCAGCUGAGUAACUCCAGCUUUACUGAGGAGGAAGAAGUUCUCAUCCUGGUGGAUGUUGAGGAGGUGCCCAAGCAGAACAGUGACACCUCCACAUCUACAAACAUCUCCUCACAGCUCCCUACUCAGAUCAGUCUGAGCCCUGAGACCGAGCCAGCCACACUGCCGUACCCUCUGACCACGUACAUCAAGAGCCUCUCCCACGACUCGGAGCGCUCCGACCAAACACAGACCUCUCUGGACACAAACACAACCACUGACUACAUCUCAUCACAUGGGCUGGAAAACAUGGAGGAGGACGAUCAGGAGGAGGAGGAAGAGUUUGCAGAAAUGCUAGGUUUCUUCCCAAGUCACAAUGUCUUCAUAGAGCCGUUGGGCUUUGGAGGAAAGUUGACUCUGGAUGCGGUCAAAAUUGACUGUAGUGACUUCUUUAAGAACAGUUAGUGUCAGCCUGAAACCAGAACUCUGAUGAGAUGAGGUCUGAGUGGGAACAACUUUGAGAAGAAGAACUGAUGAAAGAAAUGAAAGAGACUGGACAAAAUAACGGGAGGUGGUGCCUGAAUUCUUUUUUUCUUUUCCAGUGUCUUUUUUCCAGUGUGGAUCACACACGGAGCUGGGAGGUGCAUGACCUACCUGUUUGCUUGUUGAAAUCAGAACUGAACAUAAACAGCUGUCUUGUGGUAGGCAGAGCUGUUGCGCAGUAAUAAUUUUUGACUAAAGAUGUACUUUUUUUUUUUCAUUUUAUGCAUUAUCAUUGUUUUUUCUCUUCAGAAUGGCUAUAGACACACUAAUACCACGACCAAAAUGAACACAGCAGGAGCUGCAUGAGCAUAUCAGAUGUGGGAAUUUCUGCCUGCCUGAAUUGAGGUAUAUGAAAAAGGCUUCAUCCUGAUGCUGACAGCACUGAUUGGCCUUUUUCACAGCAGAUAUUUUGACUUGUCAUGGUAGUAAAAGCACAGGUGUUAAUCACUAACAUUAACACUGUCGUACUAUGACCUGUCAGAAUGUCUUUUGUCAAGACUCAAAACACACUCGCAAGCAUUGAUGACCAUCCUGUAUAUUGUCUGUGCUUUUAAAUACACCUAUGCUACCUCAAUCUUAGCUCGUCCAAACCAUUAGAAAGUUAAAUUGUGUCUUAGGUUUGUUAGUGUUGCAGGUAAAAUGGUGCUAAUAAUGUUGUUGCUGAAGAACAAAAUCACAAUCAAUUAGAAAACCAUGUGCAAAAUUUUAAAAUAUAUUUUUGAUGAAACUUUGAUAAAAGGAAAUAUUUGGGAACAGUACAGCCAUGCUAGCAGCUUCGACUCACUUUAACGCAUAUAGAAACUUAUUUAAUUGUGCAGCUUUAUUGGGAGUCUGAUUUGUCAAUUUUAAUAUCAAUUAAAAUAAAAGAUUUCAUCCUUUGCACGUGGCAGCACUAACCAUCUGUAUGCAGUUAGAUUAAGUCUUUUUUUUAAAGCCUUAAUGUCUUCUCUUCUGUGGCCCACAGAGGAACACUGACUUGAUUAUCAGGGUGGUUUAAAAGUGUGUUUAUCAGCAUUGGACGCACAUGAAGCACUGGCAUGCAAGAACUUACUGUUGAGCUUUGACACAUUUUGCAAACCUAGUUUAAUAAAAUCCUGAGGCAGAAGGUGACCAUUUGAAAUUCUUACGAGGUUUUUCCACAAAAGAUUUCUGUGUGGACACUCACC